AUGGUGACUUUGUUGUUGCAGGGCGUGGGGAAUACUCCUGGGGUGCAGGUGGGAAAAACCAUGAUGAAAAGAGAGGGGGAAUAUUCUAGGAAAGAAAGGAAAGGAGGCGGGGAAGGUUCUAGGAAAGAAAGGAAAGGAGGCGGGGAAGAUUCUAGGAAAGAAAGGAAAGAAGGUGGGGAAUAUUCUAGGAAAGAAAGGAAAGGAGGCGGGGAAGGUUCUAGGAAAGAAAGGAAAGGAGGCGGGGAAGGUUCUAGGAAAGAAAGGAAAGAAGGUGGGGAAUAUUCUAGGAAAGAAAGGAAAGGAGGCGGGGAAGAUUCUAGGAAAGAAAGGAAAGGAGGCGGGGAAGAUUCUAGUAAAGAAAGGAAAGGAGGUGAGGAAGACUCUAGGAAAGAAAUGAAAGGAAGGAAAGGAGGUGGGAAGACUCUAGGAAAGAAAGGAAAGGAGGUGGGGAAGACUCCAGGAAAGCAAGGAAAGGAAGGAAAGGAGGUGAGGAAGACUCUAGGAAAGCAAGGAAAGGAGGUGGGGAAGACUCUAGGAAAAAAAAGGAAAGGAGGUGGUAUAGACGCAACUAAAGAAAGGAACAGAAGGAAUGAAAGACUCGUGGGAAAGAGAGGAAGGGAGGAAGAAAAGACUCUCGGGAAAGAAAAGAAAGCGAUGGGAAAGAAUCAUGGGAAAGAAAGAGAAGAAGGAAAUAAAAAGUCAUAG